AUGAAGUUCAACAUGCGCCUCCCCAAACCUUCGAGACCCCAUCUGAGGGUCUCACAGACCGAGUCUGCAUUUGCUACCGGCAAUGCGCGAUGGACCAAUCGCGACUUGGAUCCAAUUCCGAGAGAUCAGCGCAAAUGGGGAGUUGCCAGUCUGAUCGCAUAUUGGAUCUCAGACUCUUUCAAUGCGGCGUCAUGGCAAUUUGCAAGUAGUAUGAUCGCCGUCGGCCUCAGCUACCGGGAAGCGUUGGGGAUUGUCGCCUUGUCCUUCUUUAUUAUGUCCUUCGUGAUCGCCGCCAACGGUGCGGUUGGGUCCAUCUACCAUACCCCAUUCCCGGUCAUUGCUCGUGCCAGCUGGGGCUUCUGGGGCUCAUAUAUUGCGAUCAUCUCCCGGGUCAUUCUGGCUAUCUUCUGGUUUGCCAUCCAGAAUGUCAAUGGCGGAAAUGCGGUGCGAGUGAUGAUCGGUGCGAUCUGGCCGAGUUACUUGGAUCUUCCAAACGACAUCCCAGAAUCGCAGGGCAUCACCACAAACGGCAUGGUUGCGUUCUUCCUCUUCUGGUUGGUUCAGAUUCCGUUCCUGUUAAUGCAUCCAAACAAGUUGCGCUGGCUGUUUACGAUCAAGUCGGUGCUCGUUCCGAUUGCCUGGAUUGCCAUUCUGAUCUGGGCAUUCGUUGCUGAAAAGGGUGGUGGUGUGGUCUUCACAAAGCAUAGCGCCUCGGUUUCUGGAUCAAAGUAUAGCUGGUUAUUCUUGGCCAAUAUGACCUCGGUGUUGGGGAACUAUGCCACGCUGAGCGUCAACCAGUCCGACUUCUCUCGUUAUUCUCGCGUCAGUCACAAGUGGCAGCUCCUCUAUAUUCCUAUGCUGCCGAUCGUAUUCACCUUCAUCGCCUUCAUCGGAAUUGCUGCAUCGUCUGCCGGCCAAACCCACUAUAACCUCGACUCUAUUCCCUGGGAUCCAACGGUGCUGAUGAGUUACUGGCCUAAUCGCGCCUGUCGAUUCUUCGGUGCAUUCUCAUUCGCACUGGCAUCGCUCGGAGUCAAUAUCUCUGCCAACUCUCUUUCCGCGGCUAAUGACUUCACCGCACUCUUACCGAAGUAUAUCAACAUCCGACGCGGACAGAUUCUCUGCGCCCUCUUGUCCUGGUGCCUUGUUCCUUGGAAAAUCCUCGAGUCCGCAGGCAACUUCCUGACUUUCAUGUCCGCCUAUGCUAUCUUCCUCGGCCCCAUUGCUUCUAUCAUGCUAUUCGAUUUCUGGGUGAUCAACCGCCGUCGAUAUGAUUGUCUUGCUUUAUACCAGCCUGGGAAUCCAAUUUACCGAUAUACCUUCUCUAUCGCGGGCAAGAGCAUCUCUGGAUUCAAUUGGCGAGCUGUCGUGGCAUUCUUGGUCGGUGUUGCGCCCAGUAUUCCGGGUUUGAUCAACGCAGUCAAUGCUCAUAUUGAUGUCGGAGUCGGUGAACAUCCCUAUGAGUUUGGAUGGCUUCUAGGCUUUGUUGCCACAACUAUUGUCUAUGUAGGCCUCUCAUGGCUCUUCCCUGCCCGUGAAGCUCAGAUUGAUCGCGCUAUUUUACCUGACGAGAUCUACGAUGAGAGAGGCAUAGUGGUGGAAGGGGUGGAAACAGAUGAAUUCGAUAGGAAAGAGGCAGUUCCGAACGCACAUGAGAAGCUAAUGGACGUGGAACAGGCUGCAUAG